AUGGAAAUUCUUUCAAAUUAUCGCUUUCAUGAUCAGAAUGAAGGUGAAAGAACAAAGUAAGUUUUAUGAAGUUGAGGUUUAUAUUAAUUUUUAAGUUUCAGCAAGAAGGAAUCUUUAAAAAUUGUAAAAAACGAUUUUGGUAGCUUCUUGAACACUGUCAAAGCACUACAGAAUGAUGAACAACGUUUAGAUUUCUUAAAGUAAGUACUUACGAGAGUUAUAAUUGUUUAAAGGAGUUUAGAAAAAAGAUCUAAGAAGGAUUUGGAAGAGGUUGGGCCAGCUGUUAUUGAACUGGCUUCUCAGACUUACGGCAAUGAAGUAAAGGAGUUGCUGGAGGAGAAUUUGCUGAACUUCUUGAAUUUUAAAGAUAGUCGGUUGGUGCGCAAGACAGCAUUGUUUGUAUUGAAGCAAAAUUACUACAAAGAAGAAGAAUUUGAACCAUUUUUUACUUUGUUUGCAUCGCUUGAGGAAUCUCAGGUUGGUUUUGAUAAGUAACAUUGAGAGAAAUUGUUAUUGGAUAAGAUUAAAACAUGUUCAAACUGUUGAUGUUUUUAUUACUUUAGUACCAUGUGAUUGAGCCUAUUCUUCCAAAGUUUUUGGACUUGGUUCAGUUGAUCGAGUCGAAUAAAUUGAGUUGGGAAUACCUCAAAACAGUGUUCAAAAAGUUUAUAAACCACACUAAUGGAUGGAUUAGGUGUUUCGGCUUUAAAAGUUUGUUAGAUGUUCCAACAAAACACUUUAAACACGAUGUUAAUGUAAGUUUAUAUAUUGUAGAUUAUUAAUAUGUUUAGUUUGUGGUUAACGACUACUACAACAGCCUGAACUCGUACGAUCCUUUCUGGAGGUUAGAAGAAACAAUUGGAGUAAAAAUUUUUCUUGAUGGGCUUAAUAAUAUUGUCAGGGAUUGUCUAUCAAGUAGGUUGAAUUUACUGUUAAAUGGACGCAACUUUUAAUUCGAUGAUUGUUCAUAACACUUUAAAAUGUUGGAAUAUAUUUAAAUAUUUUAGGUGAAUUUGUGAAUGGCAUGUUAUUGUUAUUUGAAACGCGAAUAAGCCCGUCUCCCUUGUUGUUCAUGAGUGUGACUCUACCUGACUCUGGGGCUGUAUCAACGAGUUUGUUGGAUUCUAGCGACAUUCCCCAGAUACGGUAAGAUAUAAUUCAAUUUGUUUUUUAUUUUUAGACGAGUGAUAAAAGAGAUUUCGAACGUUCAGUACCCCAACUUCAAACACGACGUCAUCAAGAACUUUAUGACGUUUAUUUUUGGACUUUAUGAUUGGGUAUGUUGUGACAGUGAUCAUUAUCUUUUCUUUAAUUUUUCUGUUCAAAGCAUAUUUUUAGGAUAGUGAUGAGAAAGCGAUGGUGUCGUUACUCAGUUGUUUUACAUCAUCUAUAAGAUCCGUGGUUUCUUCAGGCCUUCAUAAGUAUAUUCACAACGACGAUGUAUUUAGAUUGUUCGAUGAUGAUGUUCACAACAACGGUCUAAUUGAAUAUUUAUGCAGCUUGGACGCUGAUGAUUGUAAAAGGUUGGUCGACUCAACUGAUCUUAUAGAUGUCAAGUUGGGAGUGAAAGCAAGGAAAUUAGAAGUUUUGUCAGAAGAGCGGACUUCUAAACUUUUUGUUGCUCGCUUGUUUGAAUUGGAUAAAAAGAUAGCGAAUGAGGAAGCAUACAUUCACAAUGUUCUUGGACCUAUCGUGUCUGACCUCAAUGAUUGUCAUACAAUCGAUUCUUUGGUAAAAUCUAAUUUGAAUGAUAAUGUAAGUUUUGUUAAUAUUGUUACUUCUUAGGUAUUUUUUUAUAUUUUCAAAUUAAUACGAGCUAUACAUGAUAUCUUUUUUAGAAAUCAAAUCUUUCGGCCAAAGGACUGCUUCUUUUGUAUUCCUAUCUGAAUCUUGAUGAUAUACCUGAAGUCAAGUUGACUACAGAAGAUGAGAAUCUAGCGUUCUUCCACUUGGUGUCUAAGAAACCGUCGUCAGAAGUUGAUCACGAUGAUUUGGUUACAAAAAACUGGGAGAUAUUUUCAACUGAUACAGAAAAAGCGAUUAAAUUCUUGGAGGGAUGUUGUAGGAUGUUGAAUAAGGUAAAAAUUUUAUGUAAAUUUUUAAGUUGCAUAUGAGGAUAUUAUAAUCUCAUGUAAUUUUAGUUGUCUACUGAAGUUGUGCACUCUUUGUUGGAAAAGUGUUGCGUUUUGGCCAAAGAGACUCAAAAGUCUUCAAACUUCUCUGUUGUUUGCAAAUAUUGGAUCAAAGUUGCUCUGGUGGAGCUGCCACUUGAUCAAAAACAUGCUAUGGUAAGACAACCACCGCAUAAUUGAAAGCUUUAUCCACUUUAAUUGUAUUCAUUUUGUUUCUAGGAGCAUCUGGAAGCUAUUAUGGAUAUAGGAGCAAAGAAUAGUCAAGUGGCUUACAUGUUAUCUGUCGACUUACUUGGUGUCAGUCUUCCGAACUGUUUGUCCAAUGUGUUGAUGAGGUUGGCUAUAUAUGGGGACGUGUUCAAGAAGGACGAUCAGGUCUUUUUCUUGGCCAAUAGUAUGGCUACAAGAUUGGAUGACAAGAUUUUUUGGUAAGUGAAUACUUAAUAUUACUGUAAGUUAAGGUACGACAAGCUGCCUUGUAUGGUGAGAGAGAAUGCCAUUUUGUCAGUUUUUAAUAAGAAAACUUCUGAAUCCUUCUUUGACGCGUUGCUUCUGGAAGUCAUUGAGGAGAUCAAGAUUGUGGACAAGACUAAAGGCAGGUAUGUUUCUAUCCAGCAGUGUUUUAGUGGAUAUACUUGAUUAAUUAAUGUUAUAAUACAAAGGUGACUGUAAAGACUUGCGGUAUAAGUUUGGUUUUCAGAUCGUUUGGUUUGUCACUUGGCCAUCGAUUGAAGACGAGACUGAUGUUAUUGUUGUUGCUAUUGGUAAAGAACAGUCUUGAAAGUGGUCAUAAACAGCUGAUUAUUGAUUUAUGUUGUGACACUUUGUUGGACGGAAGUCAGCAGUUUUCUAUAAGGUUACCUACUGAAUGGAUCUUCACGAUCUACUGUUUGAAUAGCCAAAAGUUUUUUGAUGAGUGGCUACAAAAAGAUAUUGAGGUAGGUUUUAUGUCAAGUAGUAUAAGAACAUUAUAUACAGAAAAGUUUCAAAGUUAUGUCUUGGUCACUGUAUUUUUAGUUUGGAGAGAAACGAAUCGGGUCAGUUGUGUCAUGGAUGUUUGUUGUUUUACGUUGUUUGAAAAUCAAGCCUCAAGGGAUUUACAAUGCUAUUCUGAAGGUAAUGAGGUGGAUUACGGUGACCAACUUCUCUGUCAAGUGUGCUUCUGCUGCCGUUCUCAAACUCUUGUAUAAAUGGCAUCUAGAAGGGAUCAAAGAAGACAAUCGACUUGAUUUUCUGGAGAGUUUAGUUACUUUUAAUCCCGAGAUCAGUGGAAAUACUCAAACUGUGGUCGAUAAUUUGGUCGAUGAACCGUUUUUCAAUCAAGUUCAGGCAGGACAAACUGAUUUGCAUACAGUCUUCUACAAGUUGAUGUAUCUCUGUGGAAUGCCUGCUGAUGAGAUGAUUUUUGAAAAGAAGCCAGAGGGAGGUUUGCCGGAGGAUACGGUAGACUUCUUGACAACAUGGUCAGAAGGCAAAAUCCAGGUUUCUAAAGUAUUUUCAGGUAAGAAAGAAACGUUAGAUUUCUCGUACGUGUUCGUUUAUUUUUUGAAAUAUUUUCAAAUAAAAUUAUUUUAGCUUUGGUCAAAAGUAAAGUGACAGCACCAGAAAUAUUGAUGAAUCCCUCUUUGAGCGACAAUGUCAUCGAUGACUUCCAACUUAAAAUUGAUCCGAAUGAGACUAAAUUCGAGAGAAAUGGGAAGGAACUUGUUGUUGUAGCUAGUCUUAUCAACAAGACUGCUAAUCUUGGAGGUAUUCUUUUCUAACGCUGUUUGAGUAUACUUACUAUUCAUUAGUGAGAAGUAACGCUUUUCAUGUCUUUACGUAACUAAUUUACCAUUCCAGGUCUCUGUCGCACGUGUGAAGUAUUUGGAGCAUCAGCUCUAGUACUAUCGAAUCAACUGAUAACAUCUGAUCAGAACUUUAAAGCCUUGAGUAUGUCAGCUGAGAAGUGGCUUCCGAUAAUAGAAGUGAAGCCACAAGACCUGGAGUCGUUUCUACAAGAGUCUAAGCUGAAAGGUUUUACUGUGAUCGCGGCCGAACAGACGGCUGCCUCUGUUCCGCUGCACGAGUUCGAGUUCCCUGAUAAGACGAUAUUGUUGUUGGGGGAGGAGAAGAAGGGCGUGCCUCCACAACUCAUAAAAACGGUCGAUAGAACGGUCGAGAUCGAGCAGUUUGGGGUUACGAGGUCUCUGAACGUUCAUGUCUCUGCUUCUUUGUUCAUUUACCAGUUCGCUGCUCAAAAGUAUUGUUGA